AUGGUGGACACACUCAGCAGCGCACUCAAUGGGUUAUCAAUCAAUGAUCUUCACCCACUCCAUCAAUCUAUCAUACAAGGCCAAGCUACCAUCAACAUUGGUACCAUCGGUCACGUCGCUCACGGUAAAUCAACUGUUGUUAAAUCUAUAUCUGGUGUACACACCGUUCGCUUUAAAAAUGAAUUAGAGCGUAAUAUCACUAUUAAACUUGGUUACGCAAAUGCUAAAAUAUUCAAAUGCGAUGAGCCCUCAUGCCCUAGACCUGGUUGCUAUAGAAGCUAUCCAUCCAACAAAGAACCAAAUCCUUUAUGUGAAAAUGAAAACUGUCAAGGUUCUAUGCACCUCGUACGUCACGUUUCCUUCGUUGAUUGUCCUGGUCACGACAUUCUCAUGGCUACCAUGCUUAACGGUGCUGCUGUUAUGGAUGCUGCAUUAUUAUUAGUUGCUGCAAAUGAAUCUUGUCCACAACCUCAAACUUCUGAACAUUUAGCUGCUGUUGAAAUCAUGAAACUCAAGGAUAUCAUCAUUCUUCAAAACAAAGUCGACCUUAUCCGCGAACAACAAGCUGAAGAGCACUGGAAGAGUAUUGUCGAUUUCGUACACGGUACUAGUGCCACAAAUGCUCCAAUUGUUCCCAUCAGUGCUCAACUUAAAUACAACAUUGACGCUGUCUGUGAGUAUCUCGUCAAAACUGUCCCUGUCCCUGAGCGUGAUUUCGCUGCCCCACCUAAACUCAUCGUCAUUCGCUCAUUCGAUGUAAACAAACCAGGUUCUGACGUCGAUGAUCUUAAGGGGGGUGUAGCUGGUGGAAGUAUUCUACAAGGUGUCUUACACAUUGGUCAGGAGAUUGAAGUUCGUCCUGGUAUCGUCACUAAAGACAACGACGGUAACAUUCACUGCAAACCUAUUAAAUCAAAAAUUGUUUCCCUCCUCGCUGAACAGAAUAAACUCAACUUUGCAGUUCCAGGUGGUUUGAUUGGUGUGGGCACUAAAAUUGAUCCUACUCUUUGCAGAGCUGAUCGUCUCGUCGGUCAAGUACUCGGUGCACCUAACGGCCUCCCAUUCAUCUACACCGAAUUGGAAAUUAAUUACUUCCUCCUCAGACGUCUUCUUGGUGUAAAGAGCGAUGAUAAGAAACAAACAAAGGUCGCUAAAUUGGCAAAGAAUGAGGUUCUCAUGGUUAACAUUGGCUCUACUUCUACAGGUGGUAGAGUCAUGUCAGUUAAAGCUGAUUUAGCUAAAAUAUACCUCACUUCUCCUGCUUGCACUGAGGUUGGUGAGAAGGUUGCCCUCUCACGUCGUAUUGAGAGACAUUGGCGUCUCGUUGGUUGGGGUACUGUUGUUGCUGGUCAAGUACUCGAUAUCGAGAGUGCGUAG